CCAAUUACAGGGCGUCGUUUCUCCAUCACAACCAACCCGAAUAACUGCGGAUACCCGCAUCAAAAAGCUGGGGGGAUUCUUUUUUUCUUACGCGGGUUGGCUAAGCCGAGGGUACACAUCUAUUUAUAGACCUCAUAGUAGCCAUUUUCUCGGCAUUAGUUUUUUGUGUUUAUUUUACGUUGAGGGUUCAUUUGUGUUUUCGCACGCGGUCGACGUCGUCGCCGGCACGAGCCUUUUUUAAUCCCCUCCUCACCAUAUAGGUUUUCGCUUUUUAAAUGGAAGAUAUCUUCUCCCGUACUGCAAGAGUAGCACGCUGCUGCCCCUCCGCUCUCCAUCUCCUCUUCCAUCGGCGAGGGAAACAUUGAGCAUCUGCAUACAGGCCCUGCAUGGAGGUCUCCAAGGCUCAGUAGGUCCGCUAGGGACGAGGUGUACUGUCUGUGCAUGUAUAUGCUGCACCUAUAGCUGGUUAGGAGGACGUCGGAGCCAAGUGCAUUCGCGCCCAGGACCGAGGACAGCUCCGAUCCAGCGCGCAGCGACGCGGAGACUGGGGGGGGGGGAUUGGGGGGGAUUUGGACCACGGCGCUGCAGGUUUCCAAGUGGAAGGAUAUUAAUCACGUUUGCCCACCUGCCAUGGGUCAGUGUGUGUGAUUUUCUACAUGCACUCGCCGGGAGAGCUCUACUCGUUAAGAGGUCAGGCCUCCUGCAGCUGAACACCUGCGGCUAUACUUCGUCACCUGACAAACCGACUCUGUCCCUCCCCACCUACUCUGGCCUCUCCUCUUUGGUCUCCCCCCCCCCCCCCCCACCGUUCCUGGUUGUACUAUUAGUUUAGUUUCUUCUGCCCAACCCCUCGCUGGCAUCCCUCCUGGGUCACCAUGGGAACGGUGCUGUCGCUGUCCCCCGGCUACCGCAAGGCGGCGCUGUUCGAGGACGGGCCGGCCACGGUGGGCCACUACACGGCCGUGCAGAACAGCAAGAACGCCAAGGACCCCUCGGCCGCCAAGGGCCUGAAGCGGCCGUCCAUCAUCAGCUCGUUGCCAUGGAAACGCAUCGUGGCCGCCUCGUCCAAGCGGAAAGGCUCCAAGAAGCUGCCGUCGGAGGGCGGCGGCGGCGGCGGGGACAAGGAGGGCGGGGCCUCGCCCGAGGACGCCGCCGCCGCUGCCUCCGGGAGCAUGAGGCUGAAGAAGUCCCAGUCGUGCGCCAACCUGUCGUCGUACACCUCGGGGCAGGACGGCGUGGCGCUGGCGGUCGCGGGCGCUAACGGCGCCGCCGGUGCUACAACCACCGCCGCCGCCACCGCCGGCGGCACCAACAACAACACUACCUCCUUCCACAUACCCGCCUCCCGCACCCUGGCCAACGUGUCCUCCCUCCUGGGCAAGAAGAGCUCCCUGACCGGGCCCGGGACGCAGGUGUCCAACGCCACCGGCACGCCCAAACGGGUCAUCGUACAGGCCUCCACCAGCGAGCUGAUGCGCAGCCUGGGCGAGUUCCUGUGCCGCCGCUGCUACCGCCUGAAGCGCCUCUCCCCCACCGACCCCGUGCUGUGGCUGCGCUCCGUGGACCGCUCGCUGCUGCUGCAGGGCUGGCAGGACCAGGGCUUCAUCACGCCCGCCAACGUGGUCUUCCUCUACAUGCUGUGCCGCGACGUGGUCUCCUCGGAGGUGGCGUCGGAGCGCGAGCUGCAGGCCUCGCUGCUCACCUGCCUCUACCUGUCCUACUCCUACAUGGGCAACGAGAUCUCCUACCCGCUCAAGCCCUUCCUGGUGGAGGCGGAGAAGGAGGCCUUCUGGGACCGCUGCCUGUCCAUCAUCAACCUGAUGAGCGGCAAGAUGCUGCGGAUCAACACUGACCCGCACUACUUCACCCAGGUGUUCGCCGACCUGAAGAACGAGAGCCAGAAGGAGGAGGAGAAGACCCGCCUGCUCAUCGGGCUCGACCGAUAAGUGGGGGUUUAGGGGGUGGGGGGGUCAGGAUAGAGGAGGGAGGUUACAGGGGGAGGCUGGGGUUGAUGGGGGGGGGGGGGGGGGGGGAAGUGGUCGUGGCACUACAUCGAUGUGCUUUUUUUUCAUCUUCUUCUUAUAAUUGGUUCUAUAUCUAGUGUACAGAUGCCCCCCCCCCCCCCACACACACACACACACACACACACACACUCCCCCCAGAUCAACCAGAGAACAUUGGGCUCGUGAGCACAUCGGACGACAGCAGAACAUAUCAGAUCUGGUUUUCUGUGGGGCAGGGGUAAUCCAAUGCAGCCCUCGCGUCGCAGGAUUCGAUCUAGAUACGAUUUACACAAUUGAGAUCAUUCGCGAUAAACGUGUCUCAAACGUGCGCCUGGCUGACCGUGUGAUGGGGAGCAGGCGUUGUUGUCCUCGAGAGAGAGUGUUGUAAGUAAGGAACUCACUCAUUGUCCACUAAUUCCCAUCACGCUUGAUCUCAUGUGAGGUGAGUUGUUUUUACUUAUUGUUUGGCUCAGACCAGAGACUUUGCCCUGUUCCACGGUAGUCUAGAAGAGAGUUUACACGAGGUUAAUUGAAUCACCAGUGCUUAUGUACUGUAUGGGGACGUGGAAAUCAUGUUGUUAAAGAAGUGUAGAUUCAAUUAAACAACGCGAGUCCCAAUACAUCCAACCAAAUCCAGGCAUGGUAUUGCAAGUGCAAUACCCGGUAGCAAAGCUAAAAUCUGCCACUUUAUUUGGUCAGGCACACAGAAGUGUGCGCUGGAUAAUUGAGACGUUGCCAAAUCCCCUACACCUUUUCACCCCAGUAGCCCUAGCCUAUCGCACUCACCCAAACCCAGGCUAGGGAUGCAUAUGAAACACUUGAAAAUCUUAAACAAGAGAAAGGGGAGAUCGCACCGGUCUUCCGUGAACAUCUGAGAAGUACGUUUGGUGUGUACUCGAGGUGCUCGAUGUGAAUUUUGAGAUGAGAAAAAGUCUAAAUCUUAUGACGAGUGAGAAAGCCCUAUUUUCAUCAUGCGAAUGAGGAACGCAAUACUGAGGCCUGGCCAGAGCUUGAUGGGGGGGGUUGGGUUUGGGGGGGGGGGGUGAUUAGACUUCUACAUCACAGAGGGGAUUCUAUUUUCUUGAAUGACAAACACACCCACACACACAUAGACAAACGCACACAUACACGCACAAAGACAAUAAAGAAAAUAAAUAGAGGAUGAAAGAUAAUAGAGAAAGGAGCGAACAAAGAUCGAAAGAAGAGAACGAUGAAGGAAAUCUACGAAGAAUAUCGAAAAAUGUGAAAUUUCUUUACAACUUUUGCUAUAGAUGGCUAUACUCAACGAGAAUGUUGAUUUGUGUUCACAAUAUACUUCUGUUACUUUUAAUUUCAUAAAAACACGCCUGCAUGCGUCUCACCUCUUCAUGCUGAACUCCUGAAUGGCGUACACACUGAGGAUGGACUGCGGUCAGCGACACUUCAACAGACAAUGGGACAAAGAUCAAUGUAAAAUACUGUGGACGGAUGUUUUGCGGCUACUGUAAGGAGACGAUUGGGGAGCCGGCUUUUCAUCUGUCAUUUUUUCCUCUAUCCUACUGCCCAAGAACAGAUUGACAACAAAUGCUGUGGCAGCCACUAUGUGAUAACUUUUCUGUUGUACACCCCCCCAAAAAAAACAGACAGAAUUACAUUUUAGUUUUUGUGACCCUAGGCUCAGUUGCGACCUUGAAACACUUACAACCCUCUCCUUUCUCUUCUCUUCCUUUCGCCCCUCCCCUCGUAGAUGCCGCUGCGCGCGGUUUCCAUUUGAGUGAGUGGCGUUGGCGCGAGCACCAGUGCAUCUCUGUGUUAUCCUAAGCAUGCCGCUUUGUGUUGCGCCCGGCGCUGCACCCCAGGUCACAUUGGAAGGGACUGAGCGGUAGACACGCACGGCGACGGCUACCAGACCUGAUUGUAGUGAAAUCAUAGCACCAACAGAGUGGGGCUGAUUGCAUUCUCUCUUUUUCCUGCACACCUCCCCAGCUCUGACUCUCUCUCUCUCUCUCUCUCUCUCUCUCUCUCUCUCUCUCUCUCUCUCUCUCUCUCUCUCUCUCUCUCUGUCUCUGUCUCUGUCUCUGUCUCUCUCUGUCUCUCUCUCUCUCUCUCUCUCUCUCUCUCUCUCUCUCUCUCUCUCUCUCUCUCUCUCUCUCUCUCUCUCUCUCUGUGUCUCUGUCUCUGUCUCUGUCUCUGUCUCUCUCUGGGCUUUAUGCGAAUGGUUGCUCAUCUAGAGAGCAUGGGAAAAACGCCCAUAGCUGCAUUCAUACUAACAGGAUUGACGCAGAAAAAAAAAGUCUGAAAAGGCUGCAAUGAAUAGAAAGAUGUUGCAAUAACUAAUGAUUGGUCGAUGCGAUUUGAACCUUCCUCUAGAGGUAUUGCUGUCAGUGCUACAAAUUGCUAUACUUGAACACUCCAUUCAAAGUCAUAGUUCUGAUAAAAGGUGGAGAAAAUAAUGUGAAGGCAGCCUAAAUUAAAACUAUGAUCAUGUUUACAAUACUUUGUAAGGAAAGGUAAAUGUUCUUCUGAAUUGGCUCACUCGAAUUGUACUUACUUACUCAUGACAGAGUGUGAUUACUUCCUGGUACGGCGUUGUAAUUAUCUUGGGUUCCAUGGUGCUCAGGGGUCUGACAUCGGGCCCCCUGCAUGUGUAAAUAGUGUCUUUAACAGGUGGUCCUUUAACGGAUUGAGAGAUUUCUAUGACCCAUGGAAUUGUUAUACUGCAAAGUUUAACAAGGCAAGGCCUCAGUGAUACGUUCAACCUGUUCUCUCGUUGAGACGCCCCUCGCAUCCAGCCGAUGGUCUUGUCUUCAGAAAUAAGGCCUUCCCAGAAAAGGCAUCAUUCAUGUGCCAAAAUGAAGACUGCCAUUGAGUAUAUAUUUUGUGAUACAAAUGAGCAAAAUAUGAAACAAAAGCCGACUUUUAAAGUAGUUUACUUUUUGACCACCCUGAACAAAAGAUACAGUCUUUACUUUCUAUGCGGUCUAUAUCUCUACAUUUCCUGUCAGAGAUGAAGGCAGAGGGGGAGUGCUGGUGUGGAUUAGAGACCGAUCCUGUGGAUACACGAUAGGAAACGUUGUGGCUCCAUCGCACCUGAAUGGGCCUGCAUCAGCCUUAUCACCUGGUGUAAUAUGCAAUCCCCGCCUGUGGAUGAUAACAUACUUAGAAAACGAUUAACAUUGAACUUCCCCCCUCCCUGUAAAAUAUGACAACAGCCUACUGCUAAACUCACGGAAGAGAAAGCCAAACACUUUUAAACAUUUGUAUCACAUCCUUUCUAUGUAUGUUAUGCGUGGGCGGACUGGAUGGCAGCAAGUCCGGCACUGUAGAAAUGGAAAAUGUAGCUUUUAACCAGAAUCAGACCUCAUGAGGCAAUUGUGUUGAAUCAGCAUAAAGACCAUGUUAACAAAGCUUAUUUACAUGUUGCUUAUCCUUGCUGUUGCCAAAAGUAGCAUUCAUAGUUAAGGUUAUUCGAUAAUAACUGUUUUUUUCUUUUUCAAUUUUGGAUGGUGAUAUGAGUUGUUCUUUAGUUCCAUUGUGAAAUGUAGAUGUAAACAAAUGGUUGACAAACAAAAAAAACAAUGUAUAUGCUAGCAUGACUUAAUUACCAGUACACGGAUGUCAGUUGUUAAGUUAAGUUGUUUGUAUAUUACAAAACAAUUCAACAGCAGACAUCUCAGGGGUACUGAGGGAGAUAUCAUUGUUGCAUCACACGUUGCAUUUCUCCAUUUGCUAGCGAAAGAGCUUAUGUUAUAUAAUUGUUCAACAGGGAUUGUUUUUGCUUAUACGUCUCAUGAACUUGUUCUUACGUUUUCCAAUGAGGGAUGGCCAUGCCUACAAACAGAGACACAAACACACACACACACGUGCACACACACACACGCUUGCACGCACGCAUACACAGAAAAACUCACGCCAAUUCACUUUCUCUUACUUUUUCAAAGCAUAUUGAAACAAAGUACCACAAAAAGAGAAAUCACAUGGCAUUUUUCUGGGACACUGAAUGAGCUGAUCAAACCUGCCACCCUUUCCUUAUUUUACACCUCCAACCUCGUUUUCCCCGGGAAUAAACAAUGAUCGGAGAUAAAGACCACAAGAGCCAAUCACAUCGCUGGACAAUUGGACUCAGCUGGCUUCCCAAAAUCGGAGAGAGAAAGAAAAAGAGGAAAAGAGAGAGAGAGAGAGAGAGAGUGAUGUGUUAUAUCUGAUCCAUCCAUGACAUUCUGUGCCAUAUAUGAUCUUACAAUGCAUCUAAGAAGAAAUUAAUGUGUAACAUAUGAUGCUUAUAUGAUGAGGAUGAACCAUGAUCAACGAUGAUGAUAAUAAUGACAAUGACGAUGACGACGAUGAGGAUUAUGGAGUUAUUAGAAUCUCAUUGUCCAUUUUAUUCAUUUGUGAACCAUGUUGUAUAAAAAGCGAAAAACCUUGUGGAACAAACAGGGGGCCACUCGUUUUCCUAGGCUAACGACGCCGCGGUGGGACUCUGUGGGAGUAUGACUAUGUAUGUAAGAUGUGAGAAGACGGUGUUCAACUGUUACACGUACUUUAUAUAUAAAAAAAUUUGCAAGCA